AUGUGCCCGCUCCUCUCUAACAAUCGGGAGAAACGUGGUCUCGCUCUGGACGGCAAACUCAAAAAUGAGGACACCAAUCUGGCCUCUUCUACUAUGUGCGUCCUAUUAACCUGCCUCUUUCUCUUUCUCCUUCUCCUCCUCCUCUAUCUCACCAUCAGCGACCCUCAUCAGAAGGAGAAUCUUGGCAUGAUUGUUCAGUACCGUGUAAGAGUUCGCCUGGUGCUUGGGUUCGGUGUCAGCGAACUCAUAAAUAUUAAACCUUUCAGUUGCGAACAGAUUUCCUGCAUUUUCCGAAUUUUUCCGAAUGGAAGCUAA